AUGCAGUUGCUUCAUCUCAACACACAAUCCCAGGUUCGUAAUUCUGCAAUUCUUGAGGAAAAAGAGAUGUCUCCGGGUUACAUCCUUGCGUGGUCCUACUACUAUAACUAUCUCACCCCAGCUCUGCAAAAAUUUAAAGAAACCAUAAGUCGUCCCUUUCCUGAUCAAUUUAAAAGCGUUAAACUGUCCUUGAAUAAAUUGCUGUUGCUCAUACCACUUGAUUGCUACACGACAGACAAUUUGGAAGAGGCAGACGGAAAUAUUGAAAAAAUAUUUGACGCCGGGAACGAACAAGCCCAUUUCCGUUUCUCUGUUUAUCGCUUCAAGGAAUUACAUGAACCCAAAUAUUUUGCCAUACAAUACGUCAAACAGCCUUUGAAAACUUUGAGAGAAAUAAGCAAGUUGGAAAACGUCAAAGGUGUAAAAAAACAAAAUAGGGAAGAGGAAGUAAAAUUACUUUACAACACACUUAUUGACAUAUUAAAAGAGCCACCAGACCAGGAUAUUACAGGAAUGUGCGAAGUCAUACCAAUGCCAAUAAGUUUCGAAAGUCUACAAAACGGAGGACUAGCUAAAUGUCUCAUCAAUAAAAUUCAAUCUUUAUGUGAUAAUCAGAAUGAUAGUGGUGCCAGUACGUCAGAGAACAGUUUAGAAAUGAUGAACACUGCAAAUGAGAAUCAACAAAUAGACGAGGUACAACAGGUAUGAUACCAACUCUAAACCUAGCCUGGGAUUUCGGCUAUUAGCAUGCAUUUCCCAAUGGAAUGUAGGAAAACUUCCUAUAUGCCAUAUUCGGCAUAUUGUUUAUUUUUUGUCCCUCCAAACAAGCGACUAGACCCAGUCCUCUGCUCAAUUGGGAAAUGGCUAAUUGGGAAUUGCAUUCGAAGCUAUUGUCUAUAAUUAUUGUCUUAUUCGGAUUCAAAUUUAAAAAUCUAGCUAUCUUUCAAAAAUUAUUCCAAGAAAAUUUUUAUGUACAUGCAUGCAAAGUGAAAAAAUAUGAUUUCGACCGGCAAUUUUUAAUCGCAUCGGCCAUCGUGUUUAAUUUUGGCCAUUUUUGUUUGCAAUAAUGACAGAUGUAUCGUAAAUAGUUCAACUUCGUUUACACAGGUUGAUCACGCUCCGCCGAACCCUAUACAAAGUGGACAAUCUAUACAAGAUGAACAACAAGAACAAGAACAAGAACAACAACAACAAAACGACGAAAGGCCACAACGUAAUAAUGUGCAAGACGCCGGGUAUACCAGUUAUUGCACUACAUCUUGA